AUGGAUAAUCACACAUCUGUCUUUCUCCUUUUGGAACUCUCAAAAAUUUGGGAAAAACAGUUUAUGUAUGCAGCUUUAUUCCUGAUACUUUAUUUAAUGACAGUGAUAGGAAAUAUUCUAAUCAUCAUUGCAGUUAUUUUUGACCACCACCUUCACAUUCCCAUGUACUUCUUUGUGAUGAACUUAGCCAUACAAGACAUUGGUUCUGUUUCAGUCAUUGUCCCCAAAGCUGUUUUUAAUUCUCAUAGGAAUAUAAGGCAUAUUUCUUAUUUAGGAUGCGUUGCUCAAGUCCUUUUGUUUGUUUUCUUCCUGAGCUCUGAAAUGGGCCUCCUGACUGUCAUGGCCUAUGAUCGGUAUGUUGCCAUUUGCAAUCCUUUACAGUAUGAAAUGAUAAUGAACAAGAAAGCUUGCUGUAUAAUGGCUGGUGGUGUAUGGAUAGCUAGUUUUCUGAAUGCUUCAUUACACACUAUUGAAACAUUUACAACAGCGUUCUGUUCUAAUAUUAUCAACCAAUUCUACUGUGAAAUCCCACAUUUACUUAACAUUGCCUGCUCUGGUUCAUACAUCACUGAAAUUGGAGUUGUAGUGUUUAAUGCUAUAUUAUCAGCUGGUUGUUUUGUUUUUACAGUUGUUACUUAUGUGAAAAUCUUCUCUGCUGUUCUGAGAAUUCCUUCUGUUCAGGGAAGAAAAAAGGUCUUCUCCACUUGCCUACCUCACCUCAUUGUUUUCUCCAUAUUUUUGUUUACUGGUUCAUUUGCUUACCUAAGACCUACUUCUAACAGACCAUCACAUCUGGAUUUUAUAAUUACAAUAAUGUAUUCCAUAAUUCCACCCAUGCUGAAUCAAUUUAUCUACAGCAUGAGAAACAAAGAGCUCAAAGCUACUCUAUCAAAAUUUCUGUGGUCAUUUUUUUUUGACCAAAUGGUGAACUGUGUAUCUACCUUUUCAUCUAAGUUAAUGGGAAAGGGAAAAAGGUGA